AUGGCAAUCGGUGUGGUUCAUAAAAACAAAAGUGGAGCUCUUGAAAACGAUGUAAGCAAUCUGCAAAGGACCAUUGGAACUUUAAAAAGGUGUCUCGAAAUGGCCGGAUCGAGUCAAGGAAAUAGAAGCGCAAAGACAUCAUUGAGCGAAGAAGUGAGUGCGCUGACAAUUGAAGAAGCUGUUCCUGAAGCAUCAAAAUGGCCUCAUUGCCAGCACAUGAUCAGUCAGGACGAAGCGCGAUCCGACGAGCCAGUGAUUAAUAUUCGUCUUGUCCCGUAUAAGGAUGAAUCGCAAAUCGGAGAUAUCAUGCGCCUUAUUACCAAGGAUCUCAGUGAGCCGUACUCGAUCUACACUUAUCGCUAUUUCUUGCACAACUGGCCCGAACUUUGUUAUUUGGCGUACGAUACUGAAAAAGGCGUAUACGUUGGAGCUGUUUUGUGCAAAUUGGAAUUAGAUCAGCUAUGCGGAAGCAAGGGAUAUGUCGCUAUGCUCGCUGUAGACGAGUCGUGCCGUCGUUUGGGACUAGGUACGCGUUUGGUUCGCCGCGCAAUUCAGGCUAUGCAAGCAAAAGGAUGUGACGAGGUUGUUCUCGAGACAGAAGUGAGCAACAAAAAUGCGCAGCGAUUGUACAGCAGUCUUGGAUUUAUUCGUGAGAAGAGACUUAUCAGAUAUUAUUUAAAUGGAGGUGACGCUUUUCGUCUUCGUUUGAUCUUCAAUGCUCGAUUCGCCGACAGCAACGCGUACAUUUCGCCUCCUCCGCAGAAUGUUUGUCCGGACGACGAUGAGAGCAUCGAAGGGUCUGAUGAGGAAAUCGACGAGGAACAAUCCUGUUGA